CGAAUAAAACGGGGGUAGAUUCAGUUGCCCGCGAUUAAACGUGGGGUCUAGCCGAUCGGGACCCGCCGUCCCGCGAAUUAUCGCGUUCACCUUUUUUUUUCGUUCUCAUUUAAAGUAACAUCUUCUACCAUCAGUAUCUUCAAAAAUUCAAAAAAUUAUCUGCCCAAAAUAAUUGCUCGUAUUUUACCCCUUAGAAAUGAUCGAGGGAUCACUCGUUCCAUUUAAACUCAUCCAGGUCCCCAAAAUGUGCCAAGUGUUUCACUAAUUAUACAUUUUCCGCUAAAUGAGAAGGAAGAAACGGAAAAAAUCCCUUCGGAUUUUACCUCCACCAGUGGAUUCUCACCAAAAUGUUGAUAAUAAAAAUCGAUUAAGCCAACAAAUAACGACCACCAAGACUGACCUUGAAAUAAUAAAAGUCGUUUAAUUUCUGGAAUGAAUCUGUGAAAAGUGCCAGGAUUUAGCAGCAACUGAUCAAAGGAUGUCACUUCAUCACAAAUACUACGUGACAACUGUACCGGAAGAGAACGGCUUCAGGAUGCCCCGCGCAUCAGUAGUACACAUGACAUCGACCGCAACUCGACCCCAGCAUCUAUCUCAGGUGCUGGCAACUUUGGCGCUAUCAAUGGGAACGCUGUCAUGCGGACUGGCCAAAGGCUACACAUCACCGGCAGUAGACUCGAUCCUGGACAGCCAGCCACACCUCUAUCAAUCAUCAGGAAAUGACACUUGGUGGGCGUUUUCAGCGACCAAGCAGGAAGCCUCGUGGGUGGCAUCGCUCUCGAUGUUGGGUGCGGGGUUUGGCGCCAUGAUCGGUGACUGGAUAAUGCGUCGCGGUCGGAGGCUUGCUCUGCGUCUUACGUCCUUGCCUUUAGCGGCCGUUUGGAUCCUUACCGGAGUGGCCCCCUGCGUGGAGCUUGUCUUCACCACGAGCUUUAUCGGCGGGCUUUGUUGCGCGGUGAUCACAAUGGUCGCUCAAGUUUACAUAUCCGAAAUAUCAAUGCCAGCGAUCAGAGGCUGCCUAUCGGCAAUGCUUAAAGUCGUCGGGCACGUGGGCGUCUUGUUUUCCUACAUCGCUGGCUCCUACCUCAAUUGGCGUCAAAGCGCCGUGGUUGUUGCAAUCGCACCAACGAUGCUGUUUUUCGGUACGCUUUUUAUUCCAGAGACACCGUCGUACCUGGUCCUUAACGGCCGGGAUGAAGAAGCUACAGGAAGUCUCAAAUGGCUGCGUGGAUCCCACGUUGAUGUUCGUCAAGAAUUGCAGGUCAUCAAGACAAACGUGCUGGCAUCACGGGCGAAACAAUACGAGCUGACAUUUCGCAACAGCGUAUUGACGCCGCGAUUGUACAAACCAAUUGCUAUAACAUGUGGGCUGAUGUUCUUCCAGAGAUUUUCGGGUGCCAAUGCAUUCACUUAUUACGCAGUUAUUGUAUUUCGACAAACAUUAGGCGGAAUGAGUCCACACGGAGCCACCAUAGCCAUUGGAUUCGUUCAACUUCUUGCAUCACUCUUAUCAGGGUUUCUAAUCGACAUCGUAGGAAGACUACCUCUCUUGAUAGCCAGCACGGUAUUCAUGUCUCUGGCACUAGCAGGAUUCGGUAGCUAUGCAUACUACAAUUCAGUAUCGCAAAAUAUGUUUGAGAAUUCACCGGCAAUAGGACAACACGACUGGAUACCCCUACUGUGUGUCCUGGUGUUCACAACUGCCCUUGCGCUGGGCAUAUCGCCAAUUUCGUGGCUAUUGAUUGGGGAGCUCUUCCCUCUCGAGUACCGCGGCCUUGGCUCUAGUAUCAGCACCAGUUUUAGCUAUUUCUGCGCGUUCUUUGGCAUCAAGCUCUUCAUGGACUUCCAGCAGUUACUGGGUCUUCAUGGAGCGUUUUGGUUCUACGCAGCGGUGGCAGUUUGCGGAUUGUGCUUUGUGGUAUGCUGUGUACCCGAGACCAAGGGAAAGCAGCUGGACGAGAUGAACCCAGACUACGCUCAAGCUCGGUAGUACAAGGCCUCCCUCACUGGAGGGCUUUCGAAUCUAGAGAAAACCAAUAAGCCGCUGCCCAGUGGCGCGUAUCCCAACGAGCAUGAUCCCAGGAAGAUCUACACUGAUAUCGCGUCAUCGGGAACAGGAACAGCUGGGUGUUAUCCACAGUCACUGCGUGAUCAAUUGGCUGGUAUUACCAAGGGUAAAUCAUCGAGCAGGCGUUAUCUACCGCGGCGUAAAUUAACAGAUUACUGCGGUAUCGUUGUUGAAAAGACCGGACGUAUCACCCGCAACGUCGGUAACUUUAUCCAGACCCACAGAUUUAUGCCUACCCGCAAUCUUAUGAAAUCUACCCGGAAUCCCAAUUGCGGGGACAUUAAGCUCCACAAUUUUGCGGAUUAUGACUCUAGUAGCAGGUUCUUUACUUCUGGGCAAGAUCAGUGGAGCCAGAUGAACUUUGUGGUGAAUUCCGAGAUUCAGGAAGAAUAUCACCAGGACCAUAACCAAACUGUCUUUAUCAACGAAAUAGACGGAAAUAAGUCGCCUGAAUCUAGACGAACUAGGCGACAGUUCACCCGGUUUAAGCACAACGAUCUUGAAUUGUUGAGGUAUGGUAAUUUCAAUCCCCGGGUUUUGUACUCGAAUUUGCCGAGGACUAGGUUAAGUAACGGUUACUUUAAUGGGCAUUUAAGCCGUCGGUUGAGCAGCAGCGACCUUACCGACGCGGAUAUCGACCGGGUGUUGGAACGCGACACUACUUUUCACUUGCCGACCAGCAUCAUGACACCCCGGGCUGAGUACGGAAGCACCAGCAGCAUGUCCAUGCUCGAGAGGUACAGAAGAUUUUAUGAAGAGAGAGAUGAUCGCGAUGAAAAUUAUCUUAAACUUUAUCAGAGUCUGUCGAGGUUAGAUAGAUUUAUGCCCAAGGAAAAAUACGUCCCGGGUAAAGUGCAUUAUGAAAGAGAGUAUAGAAUCUAUGGCAGAGAUACUGUUGCGCUUAUUUACUACAAGACCUGUUACUUGUGAUGAUGGUAAUACAGGUUUUAUUUUAAUGGAGGUUUUGAGGAUUAGGUCAUUGUUUUCGGACUUUUGUAGAUUUUAUUCGACGGAUAGUCAUUAUGACUUUUUCCGUAAAUUCGGUUAUUAUUUUUUAAAUAAUGGAUCCUUUUUUAGUGAAAAAUUUGUUUUUUUAUAAAUUUGAUUCAGAAGUUUGAAACUUGACCAAAGCUGGAAUGAAACGCUGGUCGUUUUUACGAUAAUAACGUUAAAAAAUGCUCAUCGUCGACAAUUACGUCCACACAAAUUGCACAAAGCACUGGACCGGAAUGAAAAAAAAAAAUAUUAGCAGAUAAUAAUAAUAAAAGAUUUCGCUUUAGCGAAAGGCAGAACUUCCAUACAUCGUGCCUUCCAGAAAAGAUGACAAUACUAAACCACCUUUAUAUUAUUAUAACUAAAGGAUAAUAGUAAUAAUAAUGAUAAUAAUAACUAAUAAGUGGGAUCGAGAUCGCGUGAGAUAACUUUAAAAUUUGGGACUCAAAAUGGACGCGAUUCAGCUCACUUCAGGCCGAUGACUUAAUAUUGACAAUACAUAGGUAAAUUAGUCUACGAUAAAUCAACUUCCUUAAUUAAAAAAUAAAUAUAUAUAUUAAAAAAAAUAUAAAUAUACAUAAAUAUAUUUCAUAUAAAUAUAGCCUAGAAUAUAUCGAAGGACAAUAAUAAUUGCCAAACUUAUUUUAAUUUUUUAAUGUUCAGACAAUAUCAAAAUUUAAUUAACGAAUUUUAAACUGCCAUUCGUUUAUUUUGUGCCUUUUUUAUUGUUUAUACCGUUAAUUUAUCAAACGAAGAGACCUAAGCCAUUUUGUUUUACUGAAACCGCGAACGUGAUCCGAGCCGACGGUCGAGGGUUCAUAUCCCGAGCGGAAUUACUCAAUUUUUUUUUUUUUUUUUUUUUUUUUUUAUAGGAGAUCUCUUGUCAGGUACUUCAGAUAAUAAACCUGUGAUAAAAAAUAUCACGAAUUAAAAAUAUCCUAAAAAUUCAUAUCGAUUUUAUCAAUCUUUUAUAGGAAAAUCUCGUACUUAGAUUUGCAUUUAUUAGUUUUUAUUCCGAAAUAGAAUUUUUAUCUUGUACCUUUUUUGUGCAAUGCUCAAGGGCUUGGACGUUACGUCAAAGGUGCCAUAGGCACGAUAAUUUUAAAUUUUAUAAUUAUUACAAAGUAAGUCUCCCAUUUUAUUGUGCCCGAGGCAUUUGCGUAGGGUAUAAAGUUCGUUUUUUAAAAUAGACAAAUCUGCAGAUGCACUUCUGUGAAUUGAAUCAGAAUUUUUAUUAAUAAAAAUU